CUUCUUCUUCUCCUCCUCUCUCUCUCUUACUGGGUCUUUGAAUUCUGUGGAGGAGCUUGUUGGGUUCUUUGAGUUUUCACCUUUACAGGCUCUGAUCCAAAGAAAAAUCUGAACUUUCUUCAACAAUUCACCUCUUCAAUUUCUGGGUAGUGGUUGUUUUUUCAAGCUCAGUUUAGCUGGAAAUGGCAACUCAACGUUCUCAUGUUCCAAAGUUUGGCAAUUGGGAGAGUGGAGAGAAUGUUCCUUAUACAGUUUAUUUUGACAAAGCCCGGCAAGGUCGACCUGGCGCAAAGAUGAUUAAUCCAAAUGACCCUGAGGAAAAUUUGGAUUCAGUUCUUGAAAAUUCAUCUUCUGCUGACCCCGAGGAUCCAUCUGGAGGACCAGCGAUAUCAACACAUGAGUUACAAAAGAGCAAGGAGGAUGGUGAUCCUAAGCAUUUUAUUGACUCGCCAGCUCGUCAUGACAAUGUAGGUAAUAGGACUGCCAGUGAUUCCGCCCAUCGUCCUGGAGGCCAUGGAGUAGGUUCUGCUGACACCCGUAGAAGACCUUCCAGACAAAGCACUGGGUCCGAGUACAGUGUUGAACGUUCACCCCUUCACCGCCAGGCUAAAGCCCCUGGCAGGGACAGUCCUUCUUGGGAAGGGAAGAGUUCGUAUGACAGCAGCCAUGGUACACCAGGAAGAUCCAGAUUAAGACCAGUUAAUCGAGGGGACGAAAGUCCUGAUAGAGGUGCUGCUGUUCCAAAGUUUGGUGAGUGGGAUGAGAACAACCCUGCAUCUGCUGACGGCUAUACUCACAUUUUCAACAAAGUGAGGGAGGAGAAACAGGUUGGAGCUGGACAUGCGCCAGGCACGCCUAAUGGGAGAUCAUAUGUUGUCCGGAACCAACCUGCCAAUGACAAGGUCCAGAGUUGCUGCUUUUGCUGGGGCAAAAAAUGAUUUCUUGGAAGUGUGAAUUGUAUUCUGAACAGAAAAGAUUUUAGUGUUGUGAAUGGUCAAUAGGUGUGUAGCACUUGUAAAUAUUCAAGGCUCUUUCUCUCUGCGGGAAAACAUCAUUAUGUAUCUUUCUUUCAUUUGGUCAGUAAAAGACACUUUGCAUGCAUGAUUGUGAUUUGUCCUUUUUAUCUUUUGUUAUGUAACUGCCACGCUUUAUAGUUCAGUUUUAUUUGUAUUUAGCUGAGAUCUAUAAGAUUUAUGUAAUUCUUUUCUAUUGAAUUGAUGGGUGGUGAUU